ACUUGUUAAUUCUACAGUGUCUAUACAAUCUACAUUCUCGCACUUACCUAGUACAAAACAACAAAUAUUAUUUAAGUGUAAAAUAAGUUUACAUUUUGUUUAUAAUACUACGAUAGUGAAUAAAAUACUACGUUUAUUAUGAUUGAUAGGUGCUUAAUAAAUAUUAUAAUGGCAUGAUAUGGAUGAUUAAAUGAAGAAUUGUAUUCUACUGAUAAUUACGCAGCCAUGAACUAAAUCCAAUAUUUUAUACUAGAAUAAUUAAGAACUACAUAAUAUUCAUGAAAGUCGAAUUUAAAUUAAUUUUAAAAUCAAUCAUUCAGCAAUCUUCUCCAAUAAAAAUGUCAAAUACGUGUAGAAUCGUAUUGUUUUAUUUAAUCACAUGCAUUUUGACCUGCUCGGCAUCGGAUACGCCUAAAGUACGUGUUAACUCUGGAGAAAUUGCUGGUGGAUAUGAAUAUAGCUAUAGUGGUCGAAAAAUUUACUCAUUCUUAGGCAUACCGUACGCAAGUCCACCAGUUCAAAACUAUCGAUUUAAAGAACCACAACCCGUAAAGCCUUGGUUGGGAACAUGGAACGCCACCAUACCGGGAAGUGCUUGUUUGGGACCGGAUUAUGAAUCUAAUUUCAAAUUAGUUGGUCAGGAAGAUUGUUUAUAUCUUAAUGUCUAUACGCCAAAGCUACCACAAGAGAAUACGCAUAAUGAUUUAAUGGAUGUGGUGGUGUACAUACACGGCGGUGCUUUCAUGAGUGGCGAAGGGAUUUCUUUAGGUCCACAAUAUCUUUUGGACAUCAAUAAUUUCGUUUAUGUAACGAUAAAUUACCGGGUGGGUGUAUUAGGAUUUGCCACCACUGGCGAUAGUAUUUUGCCCGCAAAUAACGGUAUGAAAGACCAAGUAGCGGCAUUGAAGUGGAUACAACAAAACAUUGUUGCGUUUGGUGGUAACCCAAACAGUGUUACAAUUACUGGCUUGUCGGCAGGCGCGAGUGCUGUUCAUUAUCAUAUGAUUUCACCAAUGUCUCGUGGUUUAUUUAACCGUGCAAUUCUUCAAAGUGGAAGUGCUUUUUGUCAUUGGUCAUAUACUGAAAACGUUGCAGAAAAAACAAAGUAUAUAGCAAACAUUCUGGGAUGUCCAACUAGUAAUUCCAUAGAUAUCGUUGAAUGCCUUCGUUCUAGACCAGGGUUAGCUAUUGCCAAAUUAUUUAUAGAAUUUAUGCCAUGGGUAUACAGUCCUUUUUCACCAUUUGGUCCAACCAUUGAAUUAGAAGGAGACGAAAAAUUUUUACCCGACAUCCCAGAAAAACUCGUUCCAUAUGAUAUUCCAGUGCUGAUGAGUGUUACCAAAGAUGAGGGUCUCAUUAUUGCUGCAUUUAUAUUUUACGGAAAAAUCAGUAAUGAACUAAACGACAAUUGGGAUGAAUAUUUACCGCAUCUUCUUGAUUAUAAUUACACGAUUUCAAAUGAAAAACUAAGAACCAAAAUUUCUCAAGAUAUAAAAAAAUUUUACUUUGGUGAUAAAAAUAUAUCAAAAGAAACCCUAAGCAAUCUUGUAGAAAUGUUUUCAGAUAGAAUGUUUGGAUAUGCUAUAAGUAAAGCAGCUCAACAUAUUUCUGCUAAGAAUACGGCUCCUGUAUAUUUUCAUGAAUUUGGAUACAGUGGUAAUUAUUCCAUCAUAGCUCAAACAGAUCCGAAAUCAUAUUCCCGAGGAUCAAAUGUUACUCAUGCUGAUGAAACCAUGUAUGUAUUAAAAAUGAAAAAUUUCUCUGUUCACGAUAACGAAGAAGACAAAAAUAUGAUGAAAACUAUGGUUAACAUCUGGUCAACAUUUAUUAAAAAUGGAGUCCCUGAUAUUGGAAAUUCAAAAAUUUGGUUACCUGUUUCUAAAAAUCCAACAGAUCCUUUCAGAUUUAUAAAGAUUACUCAGCAACAAACGUUUGAAAUUGAAGAACGAUCAAACCAUGGGAAUUAUGCAUUUUGGAGUAGUUUACCAUUAACAGAAUUUAAUGAAGUUAAUGUGCCGGAAGUUAUAAAAACUGAAUUAUAAAUAUUAAAAAUACAUUGAUCACAAUAACCAACUUAAAAAUAUUUUAAAAUAUAAAGUUUAUAAAUAGAAUAUUAAAA